GGAGCAGCAGAGCCGAGCGGCGCCGGGCCGGGCCGGGGCUGUCAGCGCGGCGAGCGGGGCCCUCAGCGGGCCGGGCCAUGGCGGGCGGGCGCUGAGGCGGCGGCGCGGGCGGCCGGGGAGGCGGCGGCGGCGCGCCGGGGCCAUGCCAUGCCCGUAGGGAGAGAUGCCUUUGGGAAAUGGAGACACUGGAGCACAGCGCAAACAUGGCGCCCCGCGGCUGCCGGGCUGGUGCCUGCUCUGCUCGCUGCUGUGCGGGGGGCUCGCCGCGACCCCGGCCCCCGCCUGCCGGCCCUGCGCCCCGGGCUGUGCCUGCGCCGCGCCCGCCUGCGCCGUCAACUGCUCGGGCCGCGCUGUGGAGAGCCCGGGGGCCGCCGUGCCCCCCGCCGCCACCGAGCUGGAUCUUUCCAAUAACAGGAUCAGUGGUUUAGAUGUUGAGCUAUUCAGAAGCCUGACUUCGCUGGCAAAGCUAGAUAUAAGCCACAACCAGAUUUCUACAUUAGAAGAUGGAAUAUUUGAUAAUUUAUUUAAUUUAAGUGAAAUAAACUUAAGUUGGAAUCCAUUUGUUUGUGACUGCAAACUGUCCUGGUUGCCCCGUUGGGUGGAAGACAGAAAAGUGAGAGUCCUUGAGGCAUCGGACACGAGAUGUGCCCACCCCCCUGAGGUGGCCAACCUGUCCCUCUUCGAUGUCCUGUUCCUCAAUGCCACCUGUGGAGCUCAGUACAUCACGUGUCUGACAGGCAACCACACCGAAGAAGCUGAACUUGUCAUCCUCUUCACGUCUGUCCACCCUGGGAACCUCACCGAGGAGACCUGCAGUGCCCUCUGUUACUCCCAAGGCCAGGAGUAUGGGGCUUUUAGCUCUCAGGGGCAGUGUUUGUGUGGAACUGCCCACGAAACAAACUCUUCCUCCGGCUGUUUGCCGUUUUGCACUGAGCAUUUGUCUGGGCAGGCCUGUGGUGGCCCCUCACUCGUCCCCUCGCCCUUCCAGGCACAGCUGCCUGUGUCUUUCACAGGACUCCAGCCCCGCUACAGCCUGCACCAGCCUGUGCUCUUCAAUGUCAGUAUUCCCAUUGCUGUCAGCACUUUACUGUGGGAAUUUGGGGACCAGAGCGAGGUUCUCAACACCACUGGACACACAGCUGUGCACAGCUACGCCUUGCCCGGGCACUACAACAUCACUGCCACCAUCCUCGUGGGCUCCAGGCUCCUGGACGAGCAGGCAGAGAUCGAGGUGGUGGCUCCACCCCAACAGCUGGAACUGCAAUGUCCUUCCUUGGUGGUGGCAAACGAGAGCCUGGACAUCCGGAUCCGCAACAGGGGCGGCACGGGGCUGGUGGUGCUCUACGGGAUCACCGCCGAGCCCGGGGAGCUGGGCAGGGCAGUUCACCCCAUGUGCCCCCCUGAGGGCUUGGUUUUCCCGGGGAAUAACCACUGCUACCAGCUGGUGGUGGAGAAGGCGGAGUGGCUGGAGGCACAGCGGCACUGCCAGGAGCUGGGCAAUGGGGACCUGGCUUUUGUCAGCAGCCCCGACAUCCAGAGCUUCCUGGUUGCUCAUGUCAUCAGGAGCCUCGAUGUCUGGAUUGGAUUCAAUGAUUUUGCAAGCUCUGGAGCGCAGCAGAGAGGGGAAGGAUUUAAUCUGGAGAGCUGUCAGAACUGGCUGCCAGGAGAACCCCAUCCCUCCAACGCUGACCACUGCGUGCGGAUGGGCCCGACGGGCCAGUGCAACACGGACCUGUGCAUGGCCAAGCACAGCUACGUCUGCGAGUACAAGCCACCAGGAGUUCUCCUAAACGCCGAAAACUUCUUUGAGGGAGACGCUGAGUUCGCCACACACGAGGCCGUGAGGAACGUGAGCGAGGCUGUGCCUGCAGAUCCGUGGAAGGCUGAGGAGGUGCUGGAGUUCCCGGAGCUGGCGUUCAGGCACGAGGGGUUUCUGGCUGCCCUGGAGUUUGUGACACAGGAGCUGGACCAGCCCGUCCAAGUGAGGUUCCAGGUGUACAGACUGCUGCCUGGAGAAGACUACCAGGAGGAAAACAACGCUACAGAACCGUUCCCCAGCGCUCAGGAUGACGGGAACUGGACGCUGCUGGAAUGUCCUCCUGGUUUCCAGUGGUGUCCUUUGACGAAUUUGUGCUCAUCCCAAAACGACUGCUGCAAUGGGACCGAGUGUGCCAACAGUUCCUUUGGCAGCAGCCCUGCCCCCGGGUCCCUGCAGCCCAAUGACAGCCAGCCUAGCUAUGAACUCCUCAAGGAGUUCCUCUUCUCGGUACCAGCUGGCCCCUCUUCCCAGUAUCAGGUGACGUUCAGAAAAGAAAACAUCUUUGUCAGGGCUGGGGAUGUUUUCAGCAUCCAGCACAACGCAGCCUCGGGCUCGUUCCUCCAGUGCCACCCCGGUGCCACCUCCCUGGACAGAAGGAACUGGUCUGAGUGGGCACAGGGGCUGUCCCCCAGCUCCAUAAGUUCCCCCAGGACAAACAGCAGCGUGUGCUCGCUCCGGGUGCGCUACACCGAGGAGCAGCUGGUGCCAGUGCUCAGCCCCCACAACGCGGGGCUGGAGCAGCCGGGGCACUACACGGUCCGAGCCGCCGUGGACAACGGCUUCUUCAGUGCCAACCUGUCCUGCAGCUUCCAGGUGACCUCCAGGGUGUCCGGCCUGCGUGUCCUCCACCCCGCCCCGCAGGGCUCCAGGGUGUACCUGCCCACCAACCACACCACACUGCUGCUCAAGCUCUCCUCGGGGCUCAACGCCACCGCCAGCCGGCUGGGGGACAACCACACCGUGCCCUUCGUGGCCACCUGCCCGGCUGCCCUGGCCCCGCUGUGUGUCAGGGACACCAAUGACACCUGGUUUGCUGUGGUGCAGCUGGGCAGCCUCGGGGAGGGAGUCAGCACCCACGUGCUGCUUGCAGAGAACUCGGUGAGCUCCCAGAACAUCACGGUCACGGUGAAGGUGGAGGAGCCCAUCCGCGGGCUGAGGGCCACCCCCGACCCCGAGAGCAGAGUGCUGCUGAACACACGGGUGAGCUACAUCCCUGUGAUGGAGGCUGGGUCAGAUGUGACUUUCCGAUGGACUGUAGAUGAUAAGCCAUCUUUCACUUUUUACAAUGUUGUCUUCAACGUUAUCUACCAAAGCCCAGCUGUGUACAAGCUUUCGCUCACUGCCUCCAACCACGUCAGCAACUUCACAGUCAACUACAACGUGACGGUGGAGAUGAUGAACAGGAUGAGGAACCUGAGUGUGGCAGGUGCCCUGCAAGUGCUGCCCCAGAACAGCAGCGUGGAUUUCAGCGCCAGGGUUCUCGUGGACUCGGCUGUGGAGGCUCUGUUCCUGUGGGAUUUUGGAGAUGGUGUCCAGGAGACAUACCUGUUCAAACCUCCCUACAACAAGUCUUUCCUUGUUCCUGAUCCCAAUGUGCACGAGGUUGUCAUUGAGCACAAUGUUUCACACAUCUACCAAGACCCAGGAGAAUAUGCCCUGAUGGUUGUUGUGUCCAACCAGUACGAGAACCUCACCCACCUGAGCCCGGUUCACGUUCACAGUUACCUGACUGACGUGAAGGUGGAGGCAGAGGAGGAUGUUUUGGUCGUGGGCCGGCCGGUCACCUUCCGAGCCACUGCCCUGCCCUCCCCGUACGGCGUCACGUUCACCUGGGACUUUGGGGACGGCUCCUCCCUGCUCACAGAGAUCCAGCCCACAGCCACCUACAGCUACCCCCACAGAGGGGUGUACAACGUCACCGUGACAGCCAACAACACCGUGAGCAGCGUGGAGAGCGUGGAGUGCUACCAGGUGUUCGAGGAGAUCACGGGGCUCCGCGUUUCCGCGGACCAGGCCGCAGAGCAGGGAGCGCCUGUCACCAUCAACGCGUCCGUGCAGACUGGGGACAGCAUCACCUGGACAUUCGACAUGGGGGACGGGACGGUGCUGAGGAGCCAGGUGCCAGUGGUGGAACACGUGUACAUAAAGGACAUCAACUGCACCGUGAACGUGACAGCUGUGAAUCCUGUCAACUCUGUCUCCCAGGCGGUUCCUGUGCGGAUAUUUGUCCUGGAAGUACUCAAAAUAGAGCCUGCUUCUUGCAUCCUGGAGCACCCGGACGUGCAGCUCACCGCCUACGUGACGGGGAAUCCUGAGGAGUACGUCUUUGACUGGACUUUUGGAGAUGGCUCAUCCAAUGUCACCGUCAGCGGGGACCCUGUGGUGAUGCACAACUUCACCCGGAGCGGGACAUUCCUGCUCUCCCUGACGGUCUCCAGCAGCUUUAACAAGGCUCAUUAUUUCACCAGUGUCUGUGUGGAGCCGGAGAUCCUCAACGUCACCCUCCUCCCUUCCAAACGCUUCGUGAGGCUCGGGGAAGAGACCUCCUUCCAGGUCAGUGCUGUGCCUCCCUACCAGUACCGCUACCGCUGGGACUUCGGCAACAACGAGUCCACCAGGUCGAGUGGGACUGAGGUGACCUACACCUACAAACACACCGGGGUCUUCCUGGUCACAGUGACCGUCUCCAACAACGUCUCCUUCAACAACGACACGGCGUUUGUGGAGGUCCAGGAGCCAGUUGGGGUAGCAAAGAUUGAGUAUAACGGGACAGAUGUUCUGGAGCUGAACCAGAUCUACCUGUUCUCUGCCAGCAUGAAUGGAACCAAAGUGAGUUACUGCUGGGACUUUGGGGAUGGCACUGUCCAGCCUGGGCAAGCAGCCACCCAUUCCUACAACAGCACAGGCCAGUACAGCAUUACGGUGAUGGGGCAGAACGAUGUGAGCUCCAACGAGACCACCAUCGACAUCACCGUGAAGCGGCGGCUCUCGGGCCUGAUGGUCAAUGCCAGCAGGACGGUGGUGCCGUUGAACGGCUCGGUGAGCUUUGUGGCCACCCUGCUGGCUGGCACCGCCAUCCGCUACUCGUGGAUCCUCUGUGAUCGCUGCACUCCCAUCCAGGGCUCCUCCACCAUUUCCUACACCUUCCGCUCCGUGGGCACCUUCAACGUCAUCGUGACGGCCGAGAACAAGAUCAGCUCGCUGCAGGACAGCAUCUACGUCUACGUGCUGGAGCAGAUUGAGGGCCUGCAGGUGGCCAGCACUGACCUGGUGGAGGACAUGUAUUUCCCAACCAACAAAACACUCCAUUUGCAGGCCGUGGUGAGAGAGGGCACAAACAUCUCCUAUGGCUGGGUGGUCCAACGAGACGGCAACGCUGUGCAGACCUUCACUGGGAAAACCUUCCCCUUGAGCAUCCUGGAAGCUGGGAACUACACUGUCCACCUGAAGGCCACCAACAUGCUGGGCUGUGCCACUGCUAACAGGACGCUGGAGUUCAUUGAGAGCCUCGGUGUCCUAAAGCCCUACGCCUUCCCCAACCCAGCCGCUGUUAAUGCCUCUGUGAACAUAAGUGCCACCAUAACCGGUGGCACUGGUGUCACGUAUGUGUGGUACCUGGAGGAUGGCUCCUCCCCUGUCACCUCUGAACCCUUUAUUAUACACUCCUUCCAAAGCCCUGGGAUGAUUGAGGUCAUUGUUGGAGCAGAAAACAAGCUGAAUUCAACCAAUGCCACUGUUUCUGUCUGUGUGGAGGAGGUCAUCGAGGGGCUGAGUAUAGGGACAGCAGAGCUGGACUGUAGGUACGUCUCCUCAGGCUCCACAGUGGUCUUUGAGGGGGAGCUGCAGAGGGGGACUGAAGUGAGCUGGCUGUGGGAGGUGCCAAAUGGCACACUGAGCGGCCAGUCCGUGGCAGUCACGUUCCCCACGGCAGGGUUGUACACGGUCCAUCUGAACGCGUCCAACGACAUCAGCUGGGCUCUGGCCAGCAGGAACAUCUCGGUGCUGGACAGGAUUCAAGGUCUGGAAGUUGUCGCCAGCAAGAAGGUGGUGGAGCCGGGGGAGCAGGUCACCUUUGAGAUCAGGAUGGUGUCAGGUACCUCUGUGAGUUACCUGGUGAGCAUCAGUGGGGACUACUCGGUGGUGCUCAACAGCUCCAGGUACACCCAUGAGUUCACCAAGAGCGGUGAUUAUCUGGUGACCGUGACCGUGCGGAACCAGAUCAGCAUUGCCCACGCCCAGGUGCUCAUCUCUGUGCUGGAGCCCAUCCAGGAGGUCAGGCUCCUCAACUGCUGCGAGGAGGGCAUUGCCACGGGCACGGAGAAGAGCUUCAGUGCCCGCGUGGGCAGCGGCUCCCGCGUGUCCUUCUCCUGGCAGUUCUGCCUGUGGAAAGAGCGAGGCAGGUCCGUGGUUGCUGCAUCAGGAGAGAGAGUUUCCUACGCUCCAGAAGCUGCAGGGCUGCUGGAGAUCCACCUCACUGCCUUCAAUGACUUGGGAAGUGUCAACAUCACCAGAACCAUCCAGGUGCAGGACCCCAUAGUCCAGGUGUCCCUCAGUGCCACCAAUGCCUUUGUCAACAGGACGGCGCUGUUUGAAGCCGCGGUGGUGCCCAGCAGCAGGAGCGUUGAGUUCUUGUGGAGCUUUGGGGAUGGCUCUUCCACUCAAACCACCAGGGUUGCAGUGGCCAACUAUUCUUACCUGAGCCCCGGGGAUUACCUGGUGGAGGUGAAUGCCACCAAUCUCAUCAGCUUCUUCAUAGCCCAGCUCACUGUCACCGUCAAAGUCCUGGAGUGCGAGGAGCCCGAGGUGGAGCUGGCCCUGCCACCCCAGGUGGUCAUGAAGAGAUCCCAGAGGAACUACCUGGAGGCACAGAUUGACCUCCGAGGAUGCAUCAAGUACCAGACAGAGCACCUGUGGGAGAUCUACCGAGCACCCAGCUGCAUGAACUUGGAUGACUCCAGCAGGAUCCGGCUGCCGAACGUCGACGUGAACAGGCCCCAGCUGGUUAUCCCGAAGCUCGGCCUGGAAGUUGGGAACUAUUGUUUCAUGUUUAUUGUCUCCUUUGGAGACACCCCGCUGUCCAAAAGCAUCUUUGCCAAUGUGACUGUGAUCCCCAGCAAGCUGGUCCCAAUCAUCGAUGGGGGGUCGUACCGUGUAUGGUCCAACACUCAGGACUUGGUCUUGGAUGGGGAGAAAUCCUACGACCCCAACUUGGAUGAUGGGGAACAGACCCCGUUGUUGUACGAGUGGUCCUGCACAUCCUCCUCCAAGCAGAGCUCGGCUGCAGGGUGCUCUCUGAAUUUCAGUGCCAAGGAAGGAAUUGUCACAAUUUCCAAAGCUCUAUUAGAGGCAGAUGUGGAGUACACGUUCGACCUCACCGUCAGGAAGGAAGGGAUGAGUCCCGAGGCCACCAACCAAACCGUGUUCAUCAAGAGGGGAGGAGUCCCCAUCGUGUCCCUGGAGUGCGUUUCCUGCAAGGCUCAGUCAGUCUACGAGGUCAGCAAGAGCUCCUACGUGUACCUGGAGGGCACCUGCCAGAACUGUCACAACGACUCCAAGCUUGGGAGGUGGGCAGCUCACAGCUUUAAGAACAAGUCCCUCAUCCUGGACAAAACGACCACGUCCACCGGCGACACGGGGAUGAACCUGGUGCUGAGACAAGGAGCCCUGAGGGAUGGCGAGGGCUACACCUUCACCCUGCACAUCACAGACCUCACCACGGGGGAGGAAGGCUUUGCCUCCAUCGACCUGCUGCCCAACCAGCCCCCCGUGGGGGGGUCCUGCCGCCUGUCCCCCGAGGGACCCCUCAGGGCGCUGGUGACCAAGGUGCACUUUGAGUGUGCAGGCUGGCAGGACACAGAGGACACGGAGGGGCCGCUGGUGUACAUCCUGCUGGCCUCACGCCACCGCCCCGGCCACUUCCACGAGUUCUGCGUGUACAAGGGCAGCCGGGCCGAGCACGGCGCCUUCCUGCCCCCCGGCUUCCACGAGAGCGGCUUCCAGGUGUCCGUGGCCGUGCUGGUGCAGGACCAGCUGGGAGCCACCGUGGUGGCUGUCAACAGCUCCAUGGAAAUUGGCCUCCCCGAGGGCUUCCCCAGCCUCUCCCACUGGCUCUACAAUCAGACUGACACCGUGCUCCAGGGCUUGGUGAAACAAGGGGACCCUCAGCAGGUCAUUGAGUACUCCCUGGCCCUCAUCACCAUCUUAAAUGAGUACGAGCGAUCCGUGCUGCUGGAGCCUGAGGCUGGGCAGGAAUUCGAGCUCCGGACCUGGACUCGCAACAACAUCACAGAGACCCUGAACUCUCUGAAGGUGAACACGGUGGAUGACAUCCAGCAGAUCUCAGCUGCCCUGGCACAGUGCACGGUGGUGAGCAAGGAGCUGGUGUGCAAGUCAUGCCUGACAAGGACCCUGAACAAGCUGGAGACCAUGAUGACCAUUCUGCAAGGGGAGACCACCCAGGGCACGGUGACACCGACCGGCAUCGCCGACAACAUCCUCAACAUCACAGGUGACCUAAUCCACCUUGUCAAUACAGUUUCACAAGAAUCCAAGCCCCAGGAGCUGCUUGCUGAUUCCCACAAUUUGCUGCUGGCUCCCAAAGCCUACAACCUGUCUUCCAGCCUGAUGCGAAUCCUCAUGAAAUCCCGGGUGCUGAACGAAGAGCCCCUCGAGCUGGUGGGAGGAGAAAUUAAGGCCACAGGCAAGAGGUCUGACCCCUUUAACUUGCUUUGCUACGAAAACACACCAAACUGCCAGUUCUCCAUCCCCCAGGCCUUCAACUCCACCCUUUCCAACCUGACGGAUGUCAUCCAAGUCAUGUUCCAAGUGGACUCCAAUCCCUUCCCUUUUGGGUACAUCAGCAACUACACCGUGUCCACCAAGGUGGCCUCCAUGGAGUUCCAGACACACAACGGGGUGCAGAUCCCCAUCGGGAGCCUGGACUCUGAAAAAGCCAUCACUGUGAUGGUCUCAAACAGCACAGAGCCCGAAAAUCUCGUGGCUGGCACUGAAGUCAUCGAGGCAAGAGCGUCUGUCAACCUGAUUGUGAUCAUGGAGAGCAACAACAGGGAAGCAGGACUGCACUUUCAGCUCACCUACAGAGUCCUCAAUGAGCAUUACCUGGCCAGUGAGCCCGAGCCCUUCAUCAUGGCCUAUCUCCAUCAUGAGCCCGAGCCCAACGAGCACAACUGCUCUGCCUCCAAGAGAAUCAGCCUGGACGCCCUGGCUGGAAGUGACCACAAGCUCUACACCUUCUUCACCUCACCCAGAACAGACGACCCCAUCCAGAAAUACUACCUGAACAUCACCAACCACUUCAGCUGGUCAGCAGUGGAGGUGACCCUGGGGCUGUACACGUCCCUGUGCCAGUACUUCAGCGAGCAGGAGAAGCGCUGGAAGACAGAAGGAAUUGUCCCCCUGGAGGAGACCAGGCCAGACCAGGCUGUGUGCUUGACCCAGCACCUCACAGCCUUUGGGGCCAGCCUGUUUGUGCCCCCAAACUCUGUCCAGUUCAUCUUUCCCGCUCCAGGCCCAGGGCUGAACUACAUUGUGCUGCUGACGUGUGCCGUGUGCUUUGUCACCUACUCGGUGGCCGCGCUGAUCGUGCACAAGCUGGACGUGAUCGACAUGAACCGCGUGGGGGUGAUUCCCUUCUGCGGCAAGAACGGGAUGUACAAAUACGAGAUCCUGGUGAAAACGGGCUGGGGCAGAGGAUCAGGCACCACGGCCCACGUGGGCAUCGCCCUGUACGGGGUGGACAACAAAAGUGGCCACAGGCACCUGGAUGGGGACAACGCCUUCCACCGCAACAGCCUGGACGUGUUCCAGAUCGCCACGGAGCGCAGCCUGGGCAGCAUCUGGCGCAUCCGCAUCUGGCACGACAACAAAGGACUGAGCCCCUCGUGGUACCUGCAGCACGUCAUCGUGCGGGACCUGCAGAGCAGCAAGAGCUAUUUCUUCCUGGUGAACGACUGGCUGUCAGUGGAGAGCGAGGACAACGAUGGCCUGGUGGAGAGGGAGGUGUUUGCUGCCAGUGAGAGCGAGCUGAGGAGCUUCUGGCGGAUCUUCGUGGCGGAGCUGCAGCGCGGGUUCUUCGAGAAGCACGUGUGGCUGUCCCUGUGGGACCGCCCGCCCCGCUCCCGCUUCACCCGCGUCCAGAGGGCCACCUGCUGCUGCCUCCUCAUCUUCCUCUUCCUCUGCGCCAACGCCGUGUGGUACGGCGUGGUGGGCAGUGUCCACCUCAGCAACGUGGCUGUUUCCAGCCUGAUCCCCGUCAGUGUGGACACGGUGGCUGUUGGCCUGGUGUCCAGCGUGGUGGUUUACCCUCUCUACCUGGUCAUUUUAUUUCUCUUCCGGAUGGCUCGUGGCAAGGUCUCCAUCAGCCACACAGUGACUCACUCAGACCAGCAGUCCCUGGAGAUCGACAACUACCUGGACUCCUCCAUCCUUGACAGCUCCUUCCCCACCUUCCCCGGGCUCCAGGCAGAGGCCUUCUCUGAGCAAACCAAAACAGAUCUGUUCCUGGAGGACUCCAAGAGCCUGGUGCCGUGGCCCUCCAGUGAGGCUCUGCUCAGCUGGCCAGACCUGCUCAGUGACCCCUCCAUCAUGGGCAACACCAUCCAGAAGCUGAAGAGAGGCCGGGCCAGCCGCCACCUGGGGCUGGAGGCCCCACUGGCCACUGAGGAGGACACUUUGUCCCUUGGGCUUCACCAGGGACAGCCCCGGUACUUCUCAGCCUCAGAUGAGGAUCUGAUCCGGCAGAUCCUGGCAGAUGGAGCCAGCGGCAUCUCCCACUCCCAGGACCUGGGGCCGUACAUGAGGGCAGAGACAGAUCUGAUCUCAGGCCUGUCCAGCGUGUUCGGGGAGAAGGUGGAGACUGUCAUGAUGCAGAGGCUGAACGACAAAGGGCAGAGCGUGGCACCUCCUCCCAGGGAAGUGAGCAGAUCAGCCAAGUCCACCUGGACAGUUGCAGACCAGACGUUCAGGAAGCGCCUGCUGCCUCCCUGGUGCUCCCUCCUGGCUCAUGGCAUCAGCCUCCUGCUCUUCGCCACCUCCGCGGGCGUCUCCGUGUGGAUCGGGGUGGGCUUCUCCUCCAGCGUGGCCCUCAUGUGGCUCAUCUCAGGGAUAUUCAGCUUUCUGGCAUCAUUCCUGAUCUGGGAGCCCCUCAAGGUGCUGCUGGAAGCCCUCUAUUUCUCCCUGGUUGCCAAGAGGCUGCACCCAGAGGAGGACGACACCUUGGUGGAGCAGCCCUGCGUGGAACACGUGUCCGAGAGGAUCAGCAAAGUCCGGCCCCCGCAGGGAUUUGCCCUCUUCCAGGCCAAGGAGGAGGCCAGGAAGGUCAAACUGCUGCACAGGAUGCUCAAGAAUUUCCUCAUCUACAUGAUGUUCUUGCUGGUGGUCCUGCUCACCAACUACGGCGACGCCUCCCGCACCAGCCGGGCCUUCCUCCUGCAGAGCUCCAUCAAGCAGCAGCUGGGCAGCAACGACUUUCUGCUCAUCAAGAGGUCGGAUCAGUUCUGGGUGUGGAUGUCUCAGGUGUUCCUCCCUUACCUGUACAACAACGGCUCUGGCCAGGAGAGCCACAGCACCACGCUGGGCACGGCACGGCUGCGCCAGCUGCGCCUGCGGGGAGCUGAGUGCCAGAAGAGUGUCCAGGACAUCCUGCAGGGCAUGGGCAGCACCCAGAGGAGCUGCACUGACCAGCACAGCUUUGCCACUGCUGAUUAUGGAGUGGGCUGGGAGAGCACAGCCGGGAAUGGGACGGCAGCGUGGGCACACUCAGCACCCGACCUGGCAGGGAUCUGGUACUGGGGCUACAUCUCCUUCUACGACAGCAGUGGCUACGUGCAGGAGCUGGGCCCUUCCCUGGAGGAGAGCCGGGCUCAGCUGGAAUUCCUGCAGCAGCACACGUGGAUCGACAACAUGAGCCGGGCAGUGUUUGUGGAGCUGCUGCAGUACAACCCCAGCGUGGACCUGCACGUGGCCAUCACCCUGCGCCUGGAGUUCCCUGGGGCCGGCCAGGCCGUGGCUGCUGUCACCAUCAGCCCCUUCCCCCUGCUGCGGCUCAGUGCAGGGGUCACCCUGCAGCUCCUCAUGAUGGUUUUCCUCAUGCUGUUUGUGGUUUACUUCGUGGUGUCGGAGUCUCUGGCCAUCAAGAAGGAGGGCAGAGCUUACUUCACCCUGUGGGGCAACUACAGCCAGUGGGUUUUCAUCCUGCUCACCACGUGCACGGUGCUGGUGCACCUCAGCCAGGCCACCCUGGCUGACCAGCAGUGGCUCAGGUACCUCAGCAACCGCAGGGGCUUCACCAACUUCUACCAGGUGGCCUUCCUGAGCUCUGUCUUCAGCAGCCUGGCCGCGUCCCUCCUCUUCCUCCUGACCGUGCAGGCUGCCCAGCAGCUGCGCUUCGUCCGGCAGUGGUCAGUGUUCGGGAAGACCUUCCAGAAGUCCAUGAAGGAGCUGAUGGCUGCAGGGGUGGCCUUCGCCCUCCUCCUCCUGGCCUACGCCCAGCUCGGCUUCCUGCUCUUCUCCUCCUCCUCCGAGUCCUUCCGCAGCGUGGGCAGCAGCCUCCUGCUGCUGCUGGCCCUUCUGCGGGGCAGCGCCAGCCUCCGGCCCUGCCUGCCCGAGGCCUCGGGGCUCUGCUGCCUCUUCUGCACCUCGUACAUCGUGCUGGAGGUGUGGGUCGUGCUGCGGCUGCUGGCGGCGGUGCUGAUCCACAGCUACCGUGAGAUGCACUUGGAGCUCUACCGGCCUGCCUUCGAGCCGCAGGACUAUGAGAUGGUCGAGCUGUUUGUGCGGAGGCUCAAGAUGUGGAUGGGCUUCAGCAAAGCCAAGGAGUUCCGACACAAGGUGAGGUUCGAGGGGAUGGAGCCGCUGCCCUCCCGAGACUCCAGCGACUCCAAAUCCUUCCGGGGCCCCACUCCCAGCGCUGCCUCCGACAGCUCCCGGGCCUCCACGUCCUCCAGCCAGCUGGACGGGCUGAGCCUGGUGCUGAGCGCCCGCGACAGCCUGGAGGUGGACGCGGACAUCCAGCGCCUGCUGUCGCUCUUUGAGAUGCUGCUGGCGCAGUUCGACCGCGUCAAUCGUGUGACGGAGGACGUGUCCCGCAUCGAGCACCUGCUCGAGUUCUCCCGGAGCCGCCGAGCCCGCAGGAGGCCCCGCGGGCCCGAGGGGGGCCCGGGCCGGGGCUGCUCGGAGCGGGGCCCGUCCCCGGAGCCGCCGGGCCCGGAGCCGCUGUCCCCGCGCUGUGGCGGGGCCGGGCCGGGCCGGCUGCUGCGGGCGGGCCGGGCGGGCAGCGCGGCUCCGGGCAAGGCCACGGCGGGCAGGAGGAAGCGGCCCCUGCGGGCCAAGAACCGGGUGCACCCCACGGUGAAGUAAAGGAGAGGUGCCCUGGCAGGGCUGUGCCCGGGGCGGGCUGUGCCCGCCCGCAGCUGCUCGGCCGGGCCCUCCGGAGCGCUCGGGGGUGCGGAUGGAAGGGGAGGAGGCCGAGCCUUCCCCCGGGGAUGAGCAGGUGCAGGAUCCCCGCUGCUGACAGGGGGUGUGGAGCGGCCACAGGUGGGCACGGGGGGACGGGACAAAGCUCCCCCCCUUCCCUGCUGGCUGUGCCGGAGGGGAAAGGGACAGGAGAGCGCCAGGCCUUGAAGGUUUGAACCAAGUCUUGGAUUUUUGUCGACCAGACGCACUGUGGAGGAAAGCGACAGCUUUCGAGAAGGUAUUUAACCCACCUUGUGUUCUUUAAGCAUAAAUAGAUAUAUAGAGAAAUGCUAUCUACACCCAGAGCAGUUAAUUUCCAGUAUUGGCUACUUUUAUCCUCCAGAAAUUGGUACUAUUAUUCGUAUUUAAAGAAACCAAAUAUUUAAAACAAGGGACAUUGCAGCGAGCUGGGGAUGAGAGACCCCUGAGCUGCCUCAGCCACCUCCGAGCUUGGGAUUCCCAAACUCCCAGUGUGGGAUUCCCAAACUCCCAUCGUGGGGUUCCCAAACUCCCAUCGUGGGGUUCCCAGCUCCCAGUGUGGGAUUCCCAAACUCCCAUCGUGGGGUUCCCAAACUCCCAUCGUGGGGUUCCCAGCUCCCAGUGUGGGGUUCCCAGCUCCCAGUGUGGGAUUCCCAAACUCCCAGUGUGGGAUUCCCAGCUCCCAGUGUGGGAUUCCCAAACUCCCAGUGUGGGAUUCCCAGCUCCCAGUGUGGGAUUCCCAAGGUGCUGAUGUCCCUGUGUUCCCCUCCCGCCCUGUCCUCCCACCGUGGCCCCGGGGUGCAGGCGCCGCUGGCUGCUUGGCUUGUCUAACCCAAGGAAUGUAUUGCCCUAAGUAUAUGUAUUUUUUAUUUUAUUUUAUUUUUUUUUGGUUUACUUGUUCCUAUGUACUGCCCAGCACUUUAAACAAGGCUUUCCUCGGCUACCAGUGACACGUGCGAGCUAAGAAUGGGAUAAUAUAUCACAAAAGCAGUAUUUUGUUUGUUUAAAUCAUAAACUGAAAUGGGCAGGGAGGAGGGGAGCGCAGCCCCAGCUCAGGCAGCCGUGCCAGCACUUUCCCUGAGCACGAAGGAGGCAGGUGAAGCCCUGAGGGAGCUUUUUUUGGGGUCCUUCCAGCCCUGCCAGCUGGGAUUCACCAUGUGCUGGGCUACAGCUGCUGGGCUACAGCUGGCCUGUGCCAUGGAGCCCCCCAGAUCACAGCCUGGGGGUGCCUGAAGUCCCUCCCUGGCGCUGCCUUCCUCUCCUCAGCCCCAUUUCACCUUAUGGCUAUUGUAAGUAAUUUAUACGGGGUUUGUUUGGUUUUUAAAUGUAUAUAUUUUUGUAUGUUUGCUAUAUUUUCAUAGCAUCGGUACCGUGUUUGAAACAUGUGGAUAGGAGACAGAACACUAUUGUCAGAGUUAUUUAAAGGAUGUAUUAAGUGCUUCUUCCUGGGAAUGUCCCGUGUAUAUAAGGAUUGGGUGUCUGUGUGUGUGUGGUGCGUGUGCUCUCCUGGGCUGGCUCGGGGCAGUGGCCACAGGUGGAUGGGGAAAAGCCCCCAGUGUGUUCCAGAACCUGCUCCAUCCUUUGGGCAGGUGAGAGGGUGGAAGGAAAGGCUGAGGGGGGCAGAGCUGUAGGGCAGGGGAGACUUUUCCAGGUGGAGAAAAAUAGCUCCUAAAGCACUUGCACUGCUCCAUCCCCUCCCGAGCCUCCCCUCCAGCCCUCAGCUGUGUCAGACACUUGUGGAGGUUUCAUUCCUGCAUCCAUGUGCUUCCUUGGCUGGGUGAGGCAGCCUGGCUGCUCUGGGAUGCCUUUGGGACAGGUCUGAGGUACCUUUGGGAAUCUCAGGUGCUGUGCAGGACAGAUGUUGUGGGAAGGUUGUGGAGGGAUGAGGGCAGAAGACGAGUGAGGUGGUGCUUGGUCAGCACGGAGGUGUUGGAAGAGCAGAGGGACAGAGAAAGGGAGUGCAGAGGGGAGAAAUGCAAUCCUGGUAACCAGGACAGGGUGGGAGAGGGCAGAGAAGGGCCCAGAGGGCAGGAGUGGGACAGGGAGGUUCCUGGAGCAGGCAGAACCAGCAGCUGGAGCCUGAGCUCAGGGCUGGGACCAGGUGCUGGUCAGCUUUGUGCUCUGUCCCCAGAAAAAAACCUGGUUUUCAAGGCAGACAUAGAAAACUUUGCCUUGGAUUUUUUGUUCCUUUAACUUCCCAGGCAGCACAGCACCAGGCUGAGCUCUGGCACGUCCAUGACUCCUUUUUGGUGACAGGGACAGUGCCAGAGCCACGUCCCCAAACCAAGGCAGUAAAAGAAGCAGUGGUGAGGUGGCCCAGAGACCUGGGAUGGCCCCAGGGCCCUUCCAGCUCCAAAGCUCCUUUCCCCACACACCUGCCCUGGCACAACCCAUCUCACCUGUGUGGAGCACCAGGGGUGUAGAUCCAGCCACCCCAAGGGCUCAGUGGGAAUAUCCAGUGAUUGGGAUGUCCCAAAUGAACCAAGCAGGUCUUGGAAGUCUCUUGAAGAGCCAAAAAGUUCAGUUCCUGAUGCAGAGGCUCGAGUAUUCUUCCUCAUUAGAUGAGGUUGGGAGCAGGAGGGGAGGAGACAGAGGCAGGAGGGGCCAGCAGAUGUUUUUGAGCAGCCAUUCCUAAGCUAAGGGGCAGCUGGAACAAAGAUGCUCCCCAAAUCCAUCUGGAUUUUUGUUCCCAAGUGCCCGUUCUUGCCCUGCGUGUGUGUGUGAGUGUGACUCGGUGUGUGUGACUUUACCAAGUGCUCCUUCUGAUCCCAGAGGAGCAGAAACGGGAUCAGACAACUGCCCUACUUCCCUGAAGUACGGAGAGCAGCUCUGCCACCCACAGUUCCUUGAAAAGCCCAGCCCUGCGUGGUGGGCAGCACCCACAGCUUCCAGCACUCACAGUUCUCAGUGCAGCAGCUCCUGUGCCAGCUCCAGCAGUGUCCCAGGGUCCCCUCCAUGUCCCAGCUAAGGCUCCUCUGCAGCCAGAGGCGUUCAGUCAUGGAGUUACACCCUCACAGCAAUAAACUUGACUCAAAGCCCAUCAAUCCCCCUGAAUGUAUAUUUUUGUGUCUGUAGUCACCCAGAGAUGGUGUCUUAUUUAUUGCCUUGAAUCUCACAACGAUGUAUCAGGAUCAAGCUGCUUAAAUGAAAAAUGAAACCCCCAUCUAUUUGUUCCAAGGGAGAGGGAGGGACUUCUGUAAGUGCCUUAUUUUUUUUUCUAAUUUUUUUUUUU